GCUAGCGGCUGAUCUUUUUGAUUACUACAGUGAAACAACUUUAUGCUACUUCCAUCACGAAGGUUGAAAUAUCGCCCUUUCAGCUACUGCCUGUUUUACCCCUGUUGUGGAUCCAGGUGAACUGACUGUGCAGCAUCCCAGCUGGAGAGAAGAUGAUGAUUCAGAGAGUGGUGUUGAAUUCACGCCCUGGCAUCUAUGGCGUGCCGGAUGCAAAACACUUCCAAACGGAGGAAGCCACUCUACCAGAUAAAAUGACAGAGGGUCAAGUAAAAGUUCGUACCCUUUAUCUAUCUGUGGACCCUUACAUGCGUUGUUGUAUGAAUGAGGACUGUGGAUCUUCUGAUUACAUUCAACCAUGGAAGUUGUCUGAAGUUGCCAGUGGUGGAGGAAUUGGUGUUGUGGAAGAAAGCAGAGAUGCCUGCUUUUCCUUUGGAGAUUUUGUAACUUCCUUUAACUGGCCCUGGCAGUCUAAGGCCAUUUUAGAUGGAAAGCAGCUUGAAAAGAUUAAUCCGCAGCUCGUGGAUGGGCAUCUUUCCUACUUUCUGGGUGCUGCUGGCGUGACCGGGCUGACCGCUUUGAUAGGAAUAAGAGAGAAAGGACAUGUGACUCGGGGUGCUAACCAAACCAUGGUUGUCAGUGGAGCUGCUGGUGCCUGUGGCUCAUUGGCUGGGCAGAUAGGUUUUCUGGAGGGCUGUUCCAGAGUUGUUGGAAUUUGUGGAACCAAUGAAAAAUGCUCAACUUUGGUCUCGGAAAUGGGUUUUGAUGCUGCUAUCAACUAUAAGGAAGAGGACGUGGUACAACGGCUGCGUGUGCUGUGCCCAGAUGGAGUGGAUGUGUACUUUGAUAAUGUUGGUGGAGGCAUCAGUUAUGCAGUAAUAGCUCACAUGAAUCCAAAUAGUCAUAUCAUUUUAUGUGGGCAGAUCUCCCAGUACAACAACGAUAUGCUUCAUCCACCUCCACUCCCUCCUGCAAUAGAGGAAAUAAGAAAAGCACGGAACAUCACUAGUGAAAGAUUUAUACUCCUGAACUACACAGACAAAUAUCCAGCUAGUACUGCACAGCUUUGUCAGUGGAUCAAAGAGGGAAAACUGAAGGUUAGAGAGACUGUUGUGAAUGGCUUGGAAAACAUUGGAGCCGCUUUCGUGUCCAUGAUGAGUGGAGGCAACAUCGGAAAACAGAUUGUACAUGUAUCUGACUAAAAUGAAUCUUUUUUACUGUUGUGUAGAAAAAGCAACUACUUGCAGAAGUCAGGUAUUAUCUUGUUUUGCUAAAUAUACUAUUUGCAUUAACUAAAGUGGAUAAAAAUCAAUGAUUUUCAUUAAUUAAAAUUGCAUUUAAUUUUUUUAAAUAAGUUUUUAAAAUUUUAAAUAACAUUUUGAAAUAAAAUGUUUUUUGAGGAAAAAUCUACCCAUUUAAGAUACAUUAUAUAGUCCAAAGAUUAUUCAUCAUGAAAUAAGGAGUAGCUUUACAUUGUUUAACAUGAGGGUGUAUAUUCAUGAAAUGUGUAAAGUUCUUUGAAAAUUAAUUCCAUUAAUCUAGUCACAAUAUCAUGCUCUUCCAAAGUUUCUGUAAGAUUUUGAGCAGUUUUUCUAUUUAGAAGAUGUUAACACAGAAGCUUGGUUUCUGAAAACUGUGCAUUUAUGUCUGCAGAACGAACAUGCCUCUUCACAUCAAAAAUAAACAUACAUAGUUGAGAAAAAUACCUUAAUAUUGUUUCUUUGCAAAUAUGUGUACACAGAAUCACCCCUUACCUCUUAACAGCUAAGUUACAGGAAGUUCAGUGAGUACACAAUUCUUUGGAGUAGAAUAGAUCUGCACAAGGCACAAAGUGUGAGGAAGGAGGGACAAGCAGUAAAAAUGAAAAUAAAACUUUUUGAGCAGAGUACUCCACAAGUCUUGGAGUCUGUAAGUGUAUUGCCUGAGGUUUAUCAUAUUAUUCUCUCCUUGGAGGAGAAAAUCUAUAAUGGCAGGAUGCCGUAAAAGAGAUUCCGGUUGGGAAUAUUUUUUUAUUUUUAAGAAGAAAAAAUAACUAUUAUAUUCAAUAGUUAUAAUAUACAUAAUUCAGUAAAAAUUACUUAAAAUACUUGUGCGUGUUAUUACAUGAAGAAACAAGAGAAAAGAAGAAAAAAUAUAGAAAAGAAAUACAAAAAUGAGCAAGCUGUCAUCAUUUGACUUUUCUCUAUUUUUCCUCAAGAAUGCAUAUUCUUAUAUCAUUCACUGUGAGAUAAUGUCUCCACUGUGUUGUAAUAAAAUACUUCCAAACUUUCUAAUAGUUGACUAUAUAUUUCCAGUAUAAAUAAUAUUCAUAAAAGUAUUCAUAUACUUAAUAAAUGGGAACUACACUUCAUGAAAUUUUUCUAAUGAGUUUUGU